AUGUGGUCUUUCAAGAAAUUGCAAUUGCCUUCAUUUUUGUCAUCUAAUUUGGCUCUUUUGGUUUUCAUUCCUUUGAUUCUUCUUUCAAUUAUUGCUUGUACAUUAAUAGGUCCACAAAGUAGUUCAUCUUUUGUGUCAUUUUCUUCUUCUUGGAAAUGGAAGUCUGUUGGAGUCUUUAACUCUUAUUCUUUGAGGUCUUUAAGUAGUUAUGAAGAGCAACAUGAGGCUUCUUCAUCUUUUACUUCUCCUUUCAACAAUAAUUCAUUUCAUGAGAAUUUGGUAGUUCAAGAAGAGUCAAUACCUCAUCAACCUCCCCAAAAGGAAGGAGGAGAAGAGAUUGAGAGGGAUGAAUCAAAUGAAGGAGAAGAAGAGAUUGAUAAGGAUAUACCUAAUGAAGGAGAAGAACAUGGUAAUAAUGCAACUAAAGGGGUGCUUAAAAUGUAUAGCAAGUUAGAAAGGCUAGAAGCAAUUUUGGCAAAAUCCAGAUCAUCAAUAAGAGAAGCUGCUAGAAAUGGGAGUAUGAUAUCUAACCAUCAUGACCCUGAUUAUGUUCCUCAAGGCCCCAUGUACCAUAAUGCAAAUGCCUUCCACAGGAGCUAUCUUGAAAUGGAGAAGAACUUCAAGGUAUAUGUGUAUGAGGAAGGAGAACCUCCAAUAUUCCAUAAUGGUCCGUGUAGGAGUAUAUAUUCAACAGAGGGAAGAUUUAUACAUGAAAUGGAAAGGGGGAGCCUUUAUAGAACAAAAAAUCCAGAUGAGGCCUUGGUGUAUUUUCUACCAUUCAGUGUAGUUGUGAUGGUUCAAUACCUUUUUGUCCCUGGUGCCCAUGAUAUGCAUGUCAUUGGUAGAACUGUUGCUGAUUAUGUCAAAGUUAUUUCUGAAAGACAUUCUUUUUGGAACAGAAGUCGUGGUGCUGAUCACUUCAUGCUCUCUUGUCAUGAUUGGGGGCCACAUUUGACUUCAUAUGUUCCACAUCUCUUCAACACCUCCAUAAGAGUUCUAUGCAAUGCCAAUACCUCAGAAGGUUUUAAUCCUCUAAAAGAUGUAUCCUUACCGGAAAUCAAUCUCAAGACGGGCGAUAUCAAAGGACUCAUUGGAGGUCCCUCUCCAUCAAGAAGAUCAAUCCUAGCAUUUUUUGCUGGUGGUUUACAUGGUAACAUAAGACACCAUCUACUAGAACAAUGGAAAGGAAAAGAUGAAGAUGUGUUGGUUUAUGACAAACUUCCAAAUGACAAAUCUUAUGAAACCAUGUUGAAGAACAGCAGGUUCUGUUUAUGUCCAAGUGGAUAUGAAGUUGCAAGUCCAAGAAUUGUCGAAGCGAUAUAUGCAGAAUGUAUACCUGUCUUGAUAUCAGAUAGCUAUGUGCCACCAUUUAGUGAUGUCUUAAAUUGGAAUGCAUUCUCUGUGACUAUUGGUGUGAAGGACAUACCAAAUAUCAAGAAGAUACUAAUAAGUAUUUCUCAGAGUCAGUAUUUGAGAAUGCAUAGGAGAGUGAAGCAAGUGCAAAGGCAUUUUGUGAUCAAUGGAUCUCCUAAAAGAUUUGAUCUUUUUCAUAUGAUUGUUCACUCCAUAUGGCUAAGAAGAUUGAAUAUAAGAGUUCAAGAAUAGGAGUUAACAUAGUACUUAUUUUCAACAACUUGAAGAAGAGCAACUUUCAACAGUUGAAUGGAAAUCAAAUUCAACUAAAUUAGCAUACUCCUAGUAUAUACAAAUGGAACUAACAUAUGAUGAUUUUUUCUGUCAAAAGUUUUCUUAUUUUUGCUGUUAAAUCCUUCCAGUUUUGAAAUAAAUGUUACU